CAAAACCAAAAAUAAAACCAAAACAACUCAAAAGCCUCACAAAACAUAAAAGCUCCUUGGUAGGUAUCUCAAGGAGAAAAACAAGCAAAAAAAAAACCCAGAAAAAAGCUCUGAAGUUUGAAGAAUUUGCAAAGAGAGAUUAUGGAUAACAUGUUAUGUGAUGAACUUCUACAAGAAAUAUUUAGAAGACUGCCAUCAACGCCAUCAUCUUCUUUAUCAGUUUCUUUAGUUUCCAAGCGUUGGCUUAACCUUUACAGAAGCUCAAAAACUUCUCUUUCUCUCAGGUUUCUUCCGCACAAUUCUGUGAUUGUUUCUUUAUCUUCUCUUCUUUCCUAUUACCCUUCGCUUUCUUCUCUCUCUCUUGUUCUGUCUGAUGCCAUCACCAACGCCACUUUAUCCAACAACAAUCCAAGCACUGCCUUUUUUGAUCACCUGCUUUUCGUAGUUUCUUCUUGUUGUUCUAACCUGCAUCAUCUCAGGUUCUUAGCUGGUCCAGUUUCUGUUUCUUCUUUGCUGUCACUAUCAAAAGCUUGUUCCCACCUUACUUGUAUUACCGUUUCUUUAUCUAAGCCUCUUUUUCUCAACUGGGUCGUUUCAUUUUCUUGCUUGAAGGAGCUCUGUUUAUAUGUAUGCUCAACUGAUGGUGUUGAUGAUGAAGGUAAGCGAUUUGGGCUGUGUUUAAAUGAGGAAUUGGAUGCGGAAUUUGGUCUAGAAAGUCUUUGUUUGUCAGGAAUUCAGGCAGAUGAUAAGGGUGUUGGUUGGCUAUGGAGGAAUUGUAAAAGGCUUAAGAAAUUGCAGCUAAAGAGCUGUGAGAGUGUUGGUGAUGUAGAGUCUUUUUCAUCGUUUAUCUUAUGCGUGGAAGGUCUUCAAGAAGUUGAAUUAAGGAAAUGUAGGAGUAUAGUUGAUGGGGUGUUAUUAAGAUUGGCAGAGAAUUGUGCUUCACUGAAUUCUCUGCUGGUUUAUGAUGGAGGUAGCGGAGAUGGUUUGCUGGAAUUCAUAAACACUUGUAGGUGUAAUUUGCAGAAACUUGACCUCAGGUUGCCGCUAGACCUCAAUAACGAUCACCUCUUAGCUGUUGCCAUGAAUUUAAGAGGUCUCUCAACACUUCGGCUUCAAAGUUCCUGUCUUGUUACUGGCGAAGGUCUAAGGAUUCUUGGGACUGCCUUGCAUUCUAGUCUUAAAGAAUUGGCGUUAAUAAAUUGUGAUGUUGUUGAAAGAGAACAUGGGUUGCUAGCCACACUCGGGCAAAAUUUGAGGAUGUUGAGGAAAUUGGACUUGUCUUAUAAUGAGAUGUUGCUUGAUAAGGAGUUCAUUUCUAUGCUAGUUUCCUGCAAUGAUCUGACAGAAUUGAAGUUGAGAGGAUGCAGAAAGCUGACUAGUAUGACCUUGGUUUCUGUAUCUAAGACCUGCAAGCGUUUGCAAAGUGUUGAUAUUAUGAAUUGUCCUGGGAUUGAAGCUCAGGCAGUCGAGUUCUUUGUCUUGAACUGUCCACAUAUGAGACAGAUGCAGGUGGAGGAAAGCAAGGUUUCCAACGUUGCAAGGACAUGGGCGUUGCAUAAAGUUAUAGAGGUAACUGCUGGUUGAUGAUUCGAUGAUUGAAGUACAUAAUUAAGUUCCUGAAGUUCCAACAAGAACUGCUAUAUACCACAAAACUUGCUUGUUUGCUGUAAAUAUUUCAUUUCAUGUUCUGGAAUAGAAAGAGCUGCAUUGCUCUCUAAAUAAUCAAGCUAAAAAUGUUUGUUAUUGUAAUAAGAUAACUGCAAUUAAAUUGAAUGUUCUUCAAUUUGGAAACCAAAACACGGAAAAUGUCAUUGUUACUUAUGAUAUGUUGGUUCCUUUUGGAAUAUUGGCACUGCAACAAUUCUACUUAUGCCAUAAAUCAUGUUCGUAUUCAUGGUACUUAUAUGUUUAUGAAUGCAUUGAUUAUUAAUGUUUUCACUCUUUUGCGUCUAGUGAAUCAAGUUGGUAACUUUAGCAAUCAGCAAUUGCCAGAUAUAUUAGUGCUCUAGGGGCAAGGUAUUUGUUUGAAUCAAAUGUUCUCUUAAUAGUAGAUCGAAAGCAGCCAGUUAGCCUCCCCGGUUCUCUGGUUGUUCACCUAUAGAAAUUUGUUGUGGUUAUCUCACUUAAUUGUAAACAAAUGAGCUUUUGUAACAAUAAAUUACUCUCCUUUGCUUGGAAAUUUAAAUUAGUUUCUUGAAGCACUUUGAUGUCAUCUUAACGGAGGGAUAUAAGGGCAAAU